ACGAGUGAUUUACACCUUUUGAAUGAGAUUAAAAUAAAAGAAAGAAAAACUACAAAGAAGAGUAUAUGAAAGUGAGCAAAAGAGAAAAUGAAGAAGAUAUAUAUGGGUAACGGGAUAAAAACAAGAAAUUCUGGUGUAUAUCUUCCAACAGGUUUCUGAUAUAGUAAAGCACAAGGUAUAUAAUUAUGCGAACAUUCCUUGCUUGUUUAUCAGUUUCGAGUGGAAAGAAGAAAAACUGGAGCCGAGGAGACUCUUCUUCUAAUAGUUGCACAAAACUUGUUUCUUCCGUGAGAUACGUAUCGAAUGACAAUGGUGAAGGAUUUUCUUUAAGAAGAAAGGAAAAAAAAAGUACAAUAGUAAAAAGUACGAACAAGAAUAUGUUCGCUAGAAAUUUGAGAGGAUUGUCUUGUAUUUUCAAAAGCCUAACGAGGAACAGUUUUAUCAUCUCGCCUAAUAAUCUUUAUCGUAACGUUUGCAAUAAUAAAGGUGUACCAAGGAUACUCAUAACAGGUGGUCUUGGACAAUUAGGUACAGAAUGUGCCAAAUUACUACGCAAGAAUUACGGAAGUGAUAAUGUGAUUCUUUCGGAUAUCAUCAAACCAACAGACGAGAAUCUAGCUAACGGGCCAUUCAUAUUCGCAGACAUACUUGAUUUUAAAAAUCUUCAAAAGAUCGUCGUUGAUUAUCGGAUCGAUUGGCUCAUUCAUUUCAGUGCUCUUCUUAGUGCCGUAGGGGAACAGAACGUUCCUUUGGCUGUGAGGGUCAACAUCGAAGGUAUGCAUAAUGUUAUUGAAUUGGCCAAACAAUAUAAAUUAAGAAUUUUCAUACCUUCAACGAUUGGUGCAUUCGGGCCGGAUUCACCAAGAAAUCCAACACCAAACAUUACGAUUCAACGACCUCGUACCAUUUAUGGCGUUAGCAAAGUUCAUGCUGAACUUUUGGGGGAAUAUUAUCAUCACAGAUUCAAUUUAGAUUUUCGAUGUCUUAGAUUUCCAGGAGUGAUCAGUUGCGAUCCACCUGGAGGCGGUGUUACUGAUUAUGCAGUAGCUGUUUUUCACGAAGGCCUGUUAAACAAAAAAUAUGAGUGUUAUUUAGAGCCUUGCACGCGAUUACCGAUGAUGUACAUCGAGGAUUGUCUUUCGGCACUCUUUCAAUUUUUAAAUACUCCAAAUGAAAAGCUAAAAAGACGUGUAUACAACGUUACUGCUAUGAGCUUUACACCAGAGGAACUCUUUAGUGAGAUCAUGAAACAUGUUCCAAACUUGCAAAUUACUUAUAAACCGGAUAGUCGACAACACAUUGCGGAAAAUUGGCCACAAGUUUUUGACGAUAGUGAGGCACGAAAGGAUUGGGGAUGGCAAAAUAAAUACGAUUUAGCUAAACUCGUAAACGCAAUGAUACGAGAUGUUAGUACACACUUUUUGCCAAAAUAUCGUCUAAAGGAAGUCAACAGCUAUGUAUAAUAUACUAUACAUUAGAGAAAAAUUCUAAUAAAGAUGGUGUAGAAAAUUGCUCACUGUUUCUGGAAGGUGUAAGAUUACCUAUUUCGUUUCUUCGUGGAGUAACCGUCAAUCUUUCUGAUUUUAUAUUUGUUACUUGUAAUGAACUAUCCAUAUCAACAUCUAUACAAUAAAAGAAUUAACUUCUAUUAUUUCUAUAAUUUCUAUUAAAGUUUUUUUUUGGACAUAAUUAACUCUUCAUUUACCUGUAACGUCAUUAGUUUUGUUCAUUAUUUUAUAACUUUCUGCAAAAUAUCCAUUUGGAUGAAUAAUCGGUUGUUCUGGUAAUUGUUUAUGUAAUGUCUGAAAAUGCCUUGUACAUGCCAAUGAAUAAUGUCCUUCUUUCGCUAGUUCGACUAUCUCUUUUGUAUCUAUAAUAAUGCUUUCUCCUUAAUUUUACAUGUCUAAAUGUAUUUCUUUUCCAAGAUUUUAUAAAUAAAUAAAUAUACCAAAA